GCUGUCAGCUGACUCGCGACGACUCCCGCAAGCGCCUCCGUCGAUGUCGCCUCCCGCUGCUGCCGCUGCGACCAUGGCCCCGUCAGCCGCGCCGCUUCGCCUCCGCCGCCGCCGCCUCCUCCUCCUCGCCGCCCUCGCGGCUCUCGUCCUUCUCGUGCAGGGCGCGGCAGCGGAGGCGCCGCCGCCGGCGGACGGCCUGCUGGUGCUGCGGGCGCCCGCGUACGUGUCGCUCGCCAAGGAGGAGGCCGCGCUGCCUGGGGACCGCGUCGGAGACCUCGUCUCGCUAGCCAUGGGGUUCUCCGUGGAGCAGGAGCUCCCGUGGGGCGGCCUCGCAGCAGGCGACGUGUUUCUUCGUCCCCGUGCCUUCCUGCUCCUCUCCCUGCUGGGGGCAGACGAGCGACUCCUGCCCAAGGCCAUCGCCUCCUACCGCGUCGCGCACACGGUGCCGGUUGACUUGUCGUGGGUGAGCAAUUCGCUGGAGUCGUCCUUCGGGGAUGACUCGCUGAUGCUGGAGUACUCGCCCAUGCAUCAGUUCAUGUACGGCUUUGGGAAGGCAUUUUCUCAAAUCGCGCAGUGGGAAAACCUGCGACCUCGCAACCUCAACACGGCCAUCGCGCCUGGGUCGUCCCUUAACGUCACCGUGCAGGAGGAUGCGGAGUUCCUGCUGGAGCUGCGCUUGCUGCAAGAGUUUGCGAAGGCCGUAACCUCCGCUAGCCCAGCCUCCCCGGCCGUAGUUGCCGUGGAGUUGGGGGGGCUGCUGGGAGUGGUGCGUCGUCAUGGCGAUGGGUCCGCUCAGGCGGAGGAGGCGAGGAGCAUGCUGGGACACGCCGUUGCCCAGUUUGCGGAGGACGUGGCCGGCGUGUGGGGAGGGGAGGUGGUGGUGGCGGCGCUUACGGUGGCCACCGCUCCGGAGCCGUCCCUGCGCAGGGCGCGCUCCGUGCUGCAGCUGCGGGAGACGCGGAGCAAGGUGGACUUGCAGAACCCCUACAACCUGGCGUACCGCUACAACUACAACUACGCCGUGGUCUUCAACAUCGUGCUGUGGCUCAUGCUGGCCAUGGCUCUCGCCAUCAUCGCCGUCUCCUACGGGAUGUGGAACAUGGACCCGGGCCGCGACAGCCUCAUCUACCGCAUGACCAACCAAAGGCUCAAGGCCGAUUAGACUCUCUCUCACCCUCUCACCCUCCCACCCCCCGCUCCACCCAGGUGUCUAGUGAUGCCCCCCUUUCAUAAGCACCAUACCCCCCCCCCCUUCUCUUAUUACCUCUGUCCCCCAUCCAGUCAUUCCGCUCCCAUCUAGUAUUGUCGCACACCUCUCAUCAGAGGUCGCAAACGGGUUUUGAUUCCUUACCCGUACCCGUACCCGGCCGCACCAGGGUCGCAAACGGGUACCCGUACCCGAGUAUUGGGUAGGGUACGGGUAUCGGGUAGGGUACGGGUAUUGGGUACCCGGUUGCGACCUCUGCCUCUCAUUGGUGCCACGUCCCAUGUGGCUCUGCUCCAUCUUGUUCCACCCCCCUGGGUACUGCCCCCCCCCCACACCUCUGCUACCACCACGCUCAGAGCCCCCCCCCCCCCUCACUGGUGCUGCCCCCUUCCUCUCCAUUGGCUGACGAUAUCACCAACCGACCGUCCGUUCAUCGGAUGGGCAAUCGCCGUGCAUUUCGGCAACCAUAGUUUUUUUUUUUCCGCGCUCUGAUGUAAAUUUUUAUUUUUUUAAUUAUUUUUGCGCGGCGUCACUUCCUCUUAAGCCAAUCAUUGUGAUGUCAUAUCCUGUGUCGUCGACACCCCCUCCCACCCGCCCCCUGCCUCCCCCCACCACCCACACCGAGAGAUUUUGUGUUUUGCGUGAAUUGCCGAGCGUCGGCCCCUUUGCCCCCCCCCCUCGAUCCCUACUCUGGGUUUGUAGUUGUUGUGAUUCGUGAUCCGCGCACGACGUCAUUUCGGUGUUUGUGUCGUCGGCCUUGUGUGGUUCCCGUCCUCUCUCUGAUCUUCAGAAACACUCCGUGCUUGCCGUGGGUAGUUGUGUGUUUGCUGUAGAUGCAAGUGGUGGCUGCGGCUUGUGCAUUCACUCGGCUCCACACCCCCCCCCCACCUCCCCCCGCCUCCCCCAGGUGAAUCGUCACCCACUUGCGGGGGUCACAAUUUGAUUAUCGUUUCGGUUUUUACCGUCUCGGUUCCCUCUCGUUUCUAGUUUUGUUCCGUCUCGUUAUUCGCCUCUCCUCUCCUCCGUUAGCAUGAACGUAACAAUUUACUUAGCAUUUCGAGAAGGCCUCAAUGCCAUAGGCGAGGGUGCCACCACCACUCCUCGACGCGCGGCGACCUCCGCCGUCGAGACAUCUGUGGAAAAAGCUUUAUAGCUCAUCAGAUUACUCCGGUAUAAAUAAAUACAUAUUCUGAUCUGCUCUUAGGUGUCUUCCCCUCAGUCGCUGGGCCCGUGGAGACGGCCGCUCCCACGCCCGUCUUGGCAAUCGGCCUUCUCCCACUCCACCCUGCACACGCGUCCCACCCAGCUAAACACAAAUACAUCAAUCUCGUGAUGAGUUCAAUAAAGCGGCGUUCAUGCAAACUGCGGGCUCACAAUCGCUGGGUAGGAACCGCAGGCGAGCUGGAAGGCUGCCAGGUGGCGUGAGCCGACGCUACAGACAACUGCUCUGCGGUUCUAUACGUGUUAAGAUGGUUUCAGCCAGUUAGUGAGUGUGUGUGCAUGUGGGAGGAAUCCGCUGUUGCCCGAUCUCAUCUACAACGAGGCUCCCCAUCUGUCACUCCGGCGUCGCUCAUCCCGUCUUGCCACGACAUUCCCAGCGUCCGUCUCGAACACGCGUCCGUCUCGAACACGCACCGGCCCGUGAUGCCCCAUCGGCUUGUCUUGGAGCUGCGGAGGCAUACAUCGUCACGGGGUUCUCGCACGCGCCAUCACUCGGAUUACUGGUCAUUCUCGGCCUACGAUUUUUUUUUUGCUGCCACGGUCACGCAAAUUGUGAAAUUGAAAGGAGAGAAGCCUUGGAGGUGGCUGACUGGAUAGAUUGAGCACUUCCUUCCAACACGUGCGGUGUCGUCAUGUGCUGAAGGGCUUCACGUUGUGCACGGCUCUGCAAUGGCCGUGGGGAGAAUGGAGCAGUGGGCCUCAACUGGAAUAUGGCUGACUUUAUCCACUUUGGUAUAAUAUAUCAGUUUUUACUUUAUAAUUCACAUUUUAACAGAUUUUUGUUAAAUUAAUAUAUUAAAAAAUCAUAUAAAUGUCGCCUGUUUUAUGUAAAUGAUAUGCUAAUGAACCAUUUCAUGCGAAACGGAUGCGAACAAAACUACAAAAUGGGAGCUAAAAAUAAUCCCAGAAAACUGCAAACGAGACGAAGCAAAUCACAACCCCGAAUCGUCACGAUCGUCCUGGUGUCAUGCCCGGAGUGCGAAAUCCUCUCCCGCGCGUCUCGGAUGCUACUGAUGGUGUGUUAUUCACGUACUCGCUGAGCAAAAUCAUAAUAAUAAAGUGUUUAACCCUC